UCGACCGCGUCACCGGAAAUAUGUGCAGUGGACUUCCUCUCUCUCCUCCGGUCGUGCUCUGCGGCAGCCGUGGGGUUUAUUAGAGGUUUAAAAGCCAAUUAGAGGAAUAAACAUUCCUCAUCUCUAGUUACCCGAUGGACGAUGAAGAGGCGAGUGCUCGUGACUGUAGAGACACGAGAGCAUGUUAUGACCCUUAUAACUGCCCCGGUGAUUAUGACUAUCACACCGGCGACCCUAAAGCUGAUCUGGCGUAUGAACGUCAGUAUGAGCAUCAGCAGACGUAUCAUGUGAUCCCUGAGGUCAUCAAGAACUUCCUGCAGUAUUUUCAUAAAACCAUCUCAGACCUGAUCGAUCAGAAGGUUUACGAGCUGCAGGCCAACCGCGUGUCCAGCGAGAGCAUUGAGCAGAAGAUCUACGAGAUCCAGGAUGUGUACGAGAACAGCUGGAACAAGCUGACCGAACGCUUCUUUAAGACUUCUCCAUGGCCGGAGGCAGAAGCCAUCGCUUCCCUGGUUGGCAACGAUGCGGUUUUCUUGAUCCUCUACAAGGAGCUGUAUUACAGGCACAUCUACGCCAAAGUCAGCGGAGGUCCAACUCUUGACCAGAGGUUUGAGUCCUACUACAAUUACUGCAACCUCUUCAACUACAUUCUCAAUGCUGAUGGACCAGCACCUCUGGAGCUUCCUAACCAGUGGUUAUGGGACAUAAUUGAUGAGUUCAUUUACCAGUUCCAGUCGUUCAGUCAGUAUCGCUGUAAGACGGCCAAGAAGUCAGAGGAGGAGAUCGAGUUCCUGAGGAACAAUCCCAAGAUCUGGAACGUUCACAGCGUGCUGAAUGUCCUUCACUCUCUGGUGGACAAGAGCAACAUCAACGGUCAGCUGGAGGUGUACACUAGCGGAGGUGACCCAGAGUCAGUGGCUGGAGAAUACGGCCGUCACUCUCUCUAUAAGAUGUUGGGUUAUUUCAGUCUGGUGGGAUUGCUGAGGCUUCACUCUCUGCUGGGCGAUUACUAUCAGGCCAUCAAAGUCCUGGAGAACAUCGAGCUCAACAAGAAGAGCAUGUAUUCACGUGUGCCCGAGUGUCAGAUCACCACCUAUUAUUAUGUGGGUUUCGCGUAUCUGAUGAUGAGACGCUAUCAGGAUGCUAUUCGUGUCUUCGCCAACAUCCUGCUGUACAUCCAGAGGACCAGAAACAUGUUCCAGAGAACCACUUACAAGUAUGAGAUGAUUAAUAAACAGAAUGAGCAGAUGCACGGGCUGCUGGCCAUCGCUCUCACUAUGUACCCCAUGCGCAUCGACGAGAGCAUUCACACACAGCUGCGCGAGAAAUACGGAGACAAGAUGCUCCGCAUGCAGAAAGGAGAUCUUCAGGUGUUUGAGGAGUUGUUCAGCUUUGCCUGCCCCAAGUUUCUGUCACCCGUAGUUCCAAACUAUGAUAAUGUUCAUCCAAAUUAUCACAAAGAACCAUUCCAGCAGCAGCUCAAGGUGUUUGCAGAGGAGGUGCAGCAGCAGGCGCAGCUCUCCACCAUCCGCAGUUUCCUGAAGCUCUACACCACCAUGCCUGUGGCCAAACUGGCUGGAUUCCUGGACAUGUCCGAGCAGGAGUUUCGCAUCCAGCUGCUGGUCUUCAAACACAAGAUGAAGAACCUGGUGUGGACCAGUGGCAUCUCUGCUCUGGAUGGAGAAUUUCAGUCUGCCUCUGAGGUCGACUUCUACAUUGACAAGGAUAUGAUCCAUAUUGCAGACACCAAGGUUGCCCGUCGCUAUGGAGAUUUCUUUAUCCGACAGAUCCACAAGUUUGAGGAGCUUAACCGAACACUGAAGAAAAUGCCUCUAACUGGUGCCUCCUCUGGUUUGAGCAACUCCACAUCACGUGCCACAUAAUGCAGAUCCAACCAGAAGAACUAAUCAAACCCUAAUUUGAUCUGACUGUGAUAUCCACCAAUCACAGGCUAACCCAGACUUCUCAACCAAUCAGGAACCACCUCUGAUACUCUUUUACCAAUCGGAGGCCAUUUCUGAACUAUAAUGUAAGCCCUUUCAGUUAAUUUCACUGACUUGUUCUGGACACAAGUGAAUCUGAUGGAAGUCUUGUUUUCUAAAUCAAUACAUUUUGAUGUGGCUGAACUGUAGUUUAGCGUCGUCUUUGAGUUUACAUCUUAAAUGUAUUGGGUCUGAAACAAAAUUCUUUAAUUAUUCAUAAACUGUUCUUGUGUAAAUUACCACAUUAAAUUCAGUGACAAUUUACAUAAUGUUCAUGUAUCAUAAAUGAGGCUCUAAGUAUCUGUUUACACUUACAUUUUACAAACAUGAAGGCCUGCUAUUCUAGUAUAAAUGCCCCUAGGUGGCAGAAGAAUCUUUGUAUUCACUUGCAUAAUCUAGCAAGAUGAUUAAAAACAAUACAAAACUACAUUUUUCUUUCCAUUUAUUUUGGACAACUUUGGGUUCACAACAUAUUCCAACAAAAAAUACCUUCCACUUUGAUGGCAGCAUUUAUAUGGGUGUCAUGAUUGUGUAAUCGUUUAACUUUUCCAGUUUGAUUUUAAUACACUAUUCAAUAAGUAACAGGACUUUUGAGAUAUUCUAGUUUCUGUCAGUGCAGUGUGUACGUGUAUCAUGGGCCACGUUACUGUCUUUAAUAUCCUGCUGCUAGGCUUCAAUACAUAGAGGAAUGCCAUCCUCAUGAUGACUGCUGCUUUGGUCAAUAUUUUAUCAUCUUCAGGACCUUAAGGCAAAACCGUUGCAUAUUUUCUUUAUUCAAACAGGAUCCACAAAGAUUUUCCAUCUACAGCCUCAUCGCUGGUGACUAGACAAUAAUGAGAGGGAAAAAAACUUACAAAAAAGGGGAUAUAAAAAAUUAUAAUGCCUU